AUGGUCGCCAUAGGUAGUCUACUGUUCUGCGAUGCUUGUGGCUCGCUCUUGCCACGAACCACAACCUCAUCAGACAAGGAAGAUUUAGUGAAGUGUGAGGAUUGUUUCCAAUAUACCAAGGACACCUCAAGCAAGGUCAUCACAUCACAAUCAAAGCCCAGUGCUUUCCCUUCGGCACUAAGAUCAAAGCAUUCUGAAGUUCAGAAAGUGGAUGCUGAAAAUCUACAGGUCGAAGCGGUCCUUGCGAAAGACUGUCCUGACUGUGGGCGCACCGAAAUGUUUUACCACACCAAGCAGCUUCGCAGUGCAGACGAAGGGACUACUGUUUUCUGGAGGUGUGAAUGUGGCUACAAGGAGACUCAUAACAAUUGA